GUUUAGUUGCAGAGGAAAGUGGUCACUUGUCAGAGGAGAAGCCUGCUCACCCUCUGCAGGUGGGGGUUGUGUACCUGAGUGAAGAGGAGCCCCCACAUGAUCCGAUGGGCCAGGACAGGGCAGCAGAAGAGGCUGAUGCAGUGCUGGGACUGGACACCCAUGGUGACCACAGGGUGAUGUUGUCUGUGAUUCCUGGGGAAGCUGAGGACAAACUGAGCUCAGGGCACAGCAGUGGCACCUGUGAUGCUGGAGGAGAGGAAGACUCGAGGUGUGACCUCCGAGAGAGCCUCUACUCUCUGGACAGUGCUAGAGCAAACUUCCCUGAUAGGGAAGAGGAGUAUUACGCAGAGCCAGAAGUGCCAGAAUCCGACCCAGCCCCGACAGAGGACGCCAAUAACACCGAAAGUCUGAAAUCCCCAAAGGUGACCUGUGAGGAGAGAAAUGUGACGGGAUUAGAAAAUUUUACUCUGAAAAUUUUGAAUAUGUCACAGGAUCUUAUGGAUUUUCUAAAUCCAAACGGUAGUGACUGUACCCUAGUCCUAUUCUACACCCCAUGGUGCCGAUUUUCUGCCAGUUUGGCCCCUCAUUUUAAUUCUCUGCCCCGGGCAUUUCCAGCUCUUCAUUUUUUGGCACUGGAUGCAUCUCAGCACAGCAGUCUUUCUACUAGGUUUGGCACUGUAGCUGUUCCUAACAUUUUGUUAUUUCAAGGAGCUAAACCAAUGGCUAGAUUUAACCAUACAGAUCGAACAUUGGAAACACUGAAAAUCUUCAUUUUUAAUCAGACGGGUAUAGAAGCCAAGAAAAAUGUGGUGGUAACUCAAGCUGACCAAAUAGGCCCUCUUCCCAGUACUCUGAUAAAAAGUGUGGACUGGUUGCUUGUAUUUUCCUUAUUCUUUUUAAUUAGUUUUAUUAUGUAUGCGACCAUUCGAACAGAGAGUAUUCGGUGGCUAAUUCCAGGACAAGAGCAGGAACAUGCGGAGUAGUGAUGGACUGGAAGGAGAAGUUGGAAAGAGGAAUUUCCGUCCUUUUAUUUCAGAAAUUAGUGCUGCAAUUUCAUACAUUUUCACCAACUGACUUGCAACUUCAGUCAAAUUAAAAGUAUCAUGCAUUUGUUGAGCUACUGAAUGUGUAAAAAAUUAUUUGCUGGUGUUUUAACUAGUAUUGCAAUAAGAACAUGCAAAAAUAUUCAAUAGAAUGCACUGUUCUUGUUUUUAGUACUUGAAUGUAAUCCAAUAUUUUAAAAGAGUAAUCCAGUUUGAAAUGUGAAGACAUAUUCUAGUAGAAUAGUGAGAAUGACAAUAUGCAUACUAGACAGAAGGUAGAAAUAGGACUUUCAGAUUAUACUUUUAGAAAAUUCUUGAUUCUUUAUGUAUGUCUAAAAAGGUUGGUUUUCUGUUUGUUUGCAAUUUCUCUUUCAGAGUCCAUAAGCAGAAAAGUGUUCUGUUACGGGAAGAGUAACUAGAAUUGACUAGUGUGACCCCACAAAUAGCAACCGAUAGAAAAUAAAAGAGUCAGAUACCUUGGUGUUUGUGAUCUAUACUUUCACUGAAAGAAUUUGAAGUGGUUUAAGUUGUUUCUGGGUAAGGCAGAUGUUAGGAGAAAGUAAAUGUGAUAACUAAAGCUCAUUUGUUAUCAAUUCCAUGCUAAAACAUAAUCUUUAGCCAUGGUUGUCUAACCAGCAUGCAUUAAUUGACCCUUAAAAUGUUCCUAGUAAUGUGCCAGGUUUAGUGAGAGUCAAAAGAAGUAUAAAACACCGUUCUUGCUCACAAGUUGAUUUUAUUCUAGUUCAGGACACAUUUAGUAAAGAGACAACAUAUAAUUUAUACAAACUUUUUGAAAAGGUACUUCUAAAAGAUCCCUUAAAAUAAAUUCAGAUAUAAGACAGCUGAUUACCUAAUGAUAAAUUACUUUUAUACUGUUUCCAGUGUUUUAGACAGAGUAGUUGAAUGUUUACUUCAUAAGGUACCCUAAGCCUACAGAAAUAGAGAUCUUAGAUGUCUCCUUCUCAGAGUGUUGAAUGGGAGUUUACAACUUUAAAGUUAUGUGUCAUGCUGUGAACAGCUGUGGUUGGGGUGGUCACGGGCAGGAGGGGACCAUGACUCAGAAAGGUACCAUUAUUUCCAUUUUACAAAUGAGCAAACUGAAGCAUAGAGGAGUUAAAUAACUUGCCCAGGUUACACAGACAGUAAAUUGAUGAAGCUGGGAUUUAAACCUUCACAUGGAUGUAUACCUGUAAUUACAAAUACAAGAAAAAAAAAUCUAGUGAUUCUAUUUUACAAUAACUAACAUUUGAGUUAUUAAUAUAUGAUGGCCUGAUACUGUUUUAAAAGCUUCACAUAAACUUUUAUUUAUCUAUACAAUAGUCCUGAGAUUGACACUAUUAAAUAUCCUUAUUUUUAAAAGUAAA